AACACAACACGCCGAAGAGCAAAGACCAACUGUUUGAAAGCAACGAGGUUUCAGAAUAAAGAAAAUCUUCAAAGAAAAUGCGUCUGAAAGUUGCAGCUAUUCUUUUUGUCGCAUUCUCUCUCCUACUGGUGGAGGAGUCUCGGGGCUGGAGGAGAAUCUUUCGACGAGUAGGAAGGAUAGUUAAGAGGGUUGUGAAGGCCUACAAACGUGUUAGAGGAACUACCGGGGGCCACAUUGCAAUAGAAGCGGUCAAAAAAUAUCUUACAACUGUAUGGAACAACAAAGAAGAAAUCAAUGAGCUGAGAGAGCUGAGAGAAAAGGACGAAGAAGCCUAUAUGAAAGCAAUGUCCAUGAUCGCUGAUGAAAUUGCGGCAGAAUCUGGAGAUGGUGAAGCUCAGUUCAUGGUGGAAAUGUUGGACGAACUUGCCAGCAUGCCUGACGAGGAAUUCAAGCAAUUCGUGGCUGAGCAUGAACUUGAAGAAAUUGCAGACUCCGGCGAGCUACGGUUAUCAGAUCAUUAAAAUGGAGUUUCUUGACGGACAGACCGAGAAACAGACAACUCGUUUUAAUUUUAUACUUUAGUUUUUUUAUUGUUUUACAAAGAUAUUGCAGAUUCAAAAAAAAAAAAAAAAUAACAAAUGAAUGGCGCCACCAUAAAUU